GUGAGAAGGAUUCAAAAUUCAAACGCGUCAAAGUCGAAUCGGAUGACGAAGGACCACGCCAAGCCCGCUGCGCCGGCCGGCCGCAAGCCCCGCCAAGUCAAGCCGAAGGGCACCGUUGAAGCCAAGAAGCCCGUCACUGAACAGCCUGCUCCCGAGCCCGCAGUUGUUGUCGUCGACGAUGCUGACAUGGACGACGGUGCGCAACAUACCACUGUGACCGCCAGCACCCCUACCAAGCCCGUCGAGACUGCUCCGACAGCACCAGACUUUCUCUCCCCAGUGAGCAAGUUAGAGCUGGCGCGUCAAAUUGCUGCCAAGGAACAAGCUGAACGGAUAGCCCUUGCGUCCGCCCGCCGCGUUGAAGAAGCUCGACGCAAGAGCCUCAAGCGAAAAGACGUCGAAGCGUCCGCGGACUCGCCAGCCAUGCCGGAAAAAGUCGCCAAGACGUUCCAUUCCACGGAAGAAGAUGUCGAAGUUCUCGAGUCGACCACGGUCGUCCAUUCCACGACCACGACGUUGACUCAUCGCCGACCGCUCAAGCAAAUUGAACAAAACGCCGGCGAAAGCGCGACGGCGUACGCGCUCCGCGCCGCCAAGAUCCGCAAGGAAGAGCGCAGCCACACAACCGACGACAUGGACAACCACACGAACGCGCAGCCUGUCGUCAAAGUCGCACCGACCGCCUACGAACUCAAGGUCCACGGUGCCGCUGCCUCCAAUAUCUACACUACGGAUUCCAAGGAAGGCGAAGUCGAAUUUGUCAACAGCGUCGUCAAGGAUUCUGCUACCCGCGGCACUGCCAAGUUGGAGGAAGCAGUUCCCGUCGAUGCGACUCAAGUGGACACCGCGACGUCCAACUCGCGCUUCUACGUCCAUUUGGCUGUCUUGCUUGUUGUGGUCUUUACCGUGUUGCUCAGCCUCACCGAGUUGUACGUGAGCCAGCUGCCGUUUUGCAGCACGCCUGCCACUUCCGACAUGAACUGCCGAGUGUGCCCUGACCACGGCGUGUGUGUGGACGGUGUGCUUGACUCGUGUGAUAGCGAGUUGUACGUGGCGGUCGACAACUCGUGCCAGCUCUCGGCCGACGUGAAGCGCGACUCGACCCAAAUGGCCGCCGCCAUCUCGGCCCACUUGACCCAAGUCGCCACUGCCGCCUACUGCCGAGACUCGUUCGUACACCGUGUAAUGCAAGUGGACUGGUCGCUGCCCAUCCAGCCCGUGGAUGCGCCGGCGGAAGCGAUUGCGGUCGAUUUGGUCGCCCUGGAAGGUCAAUUCCGUGCCCAACCGCUGUGGCGCGUCGUAGGCCCACGCACGUACAAGAUUUCGUUCGACAAGGCGGUGAAGAAGCUGAACUUGACUGCUCCGUUGGCCGUGUCUGUCGCGCACGCGUCUCCGCUUUGCCAAGUUCAGACGGCGGCAAUCGAGUACUUCACGAUUUGGGUCUCAGCUGUUCUCGUGGUGUUUGGGUUUUACACCAUGUACUCGGACUCGAAGCAGUCGGAAGCGGAUGCUGCGUUGGUAAGGAGGACGUUGCAUCGAAAAAAAAACGACAGCGAUGCGAUGUAUUCACGUUGUUGUCGAGGCAGCUCCACGAGAUGCUCGUGGUCGUCCAAGAUGAACUGAUUGUGCACUCCCAAGACAAGGGCUACCCCGCGUCGUUUCUAAAGAACCACGUGGUGGAUGUCCUCAAGCUGUCCAAGGCGGACGUCCACCGCGUGGAGACUGUCCUGUGGGCCAAACUCGAAAAGGUCGUCGACGCCGAUGACCGCAUUCGCGUCACAUCGGAAGAUGGCAAUGCGUUGUGGCAAUGGGCGCCAGCUUCGACCAGCGAGGGACCGUCGACUACCGAGCCCAUUGUCGGGUCGGCACCUGUUCAAGUAGCGUAGGAAAAGUUUGAAUUGCAUGUAAUAUAGGGUAGAGGGUAGGGAGCAGGUCAGCGUGCCACGUCAUGGUGGCGUUGUCGUAGAUUAUAAAAAACGUGGUGCAGACA